AUGGUUCCUCGGCGAUGCAAAGUGCCCGCUUUUGUAGCUGGGCUGCUCUUCGGGCUCCUCUUGUGGGCAGCGGAAGCAGCUCGGGUUAACAAGCAUAAACCUUGGAUUGAGAUGACAUAUCAUGGUAUUGUGACGGAAAAUGACGAUGAAGUGCUUCUGGAUCCUCCGUUGAUAGCACUGGACAAAGAUGCCCCGCUGCAGUAUGCAGAGAGUUUUGAGGUGACGGUAACCAAAGAAGGUGAGAUUUGUGGCUUCAAGAUUCAUGGGCAGGAUGUCCCCUUUGAGGCAGUGUUGCUGGACAAGUCCACAGGGGAAGGGGUGAUUCGGGCCAAAGAGAAGCUGGACUGCGAGCUGCAGAAGGAGCACACUUUUACCAUCCAGGCUUAUGACUGUGGGGAAGGGCCCAAUGGGACCAACCUGAAGAAGUCUCACAAGGCUACUGUCCACAUUCAAGUGAAUGAUGUGAAUGAAUAUUCACCAGUGUUCAAGGAGGCAUCAUACAAGGGCACAGUUGUCGAGGGUAAAAAGUACAACAACAUUGUGAAGGUGGAUGCUGUGGAUGCAGAUUGCUCAUUCCAGUACAGCCAGAUCUGCAGCUAUGAGAUCGUAACACCCAACGUUCCCUUUGCCAUAAAUAAGGAUGGUUACAUUCAGAACACAGAGAAACUGAACCACAGUAAAGAGAACAUGUACAAGCUAAUGGUAACAGCCUACGAUUGCGGGAAGAAACGAGCCUCUGAGGACGUCUUAGUCAAGAUUAAUGUCAAUCCUGUUUGCAAACCAGGCUGGCAAGGAUGGAGUAAACGCUUGGAGUAUGAACCUGGCACAGGAAGUCUGCUGUUGUUUCCCAGCAUGCACUUGGAGACCUGUGGGGAGCCUGUUAGCUACAUUGAAGCAAACAUUCAGCUGGAAAAUAAGAAUAUAGGAAAGGGCUGCGACAGAGACACAUACUCAGAGAAGUCUCGGCACGUGCUAUGUGGCACCGGCACAGGCACUGUAGAGCUUCUGCCUGCCCCCAGCAUCUCAGCCAACUGGACCCUGGGUCUGUCCACCGAUAGCGACCAUGACAGCGACCAGGUCUUUGAGUUCAAUGGUACCCAAGCUAUAAAGAUCCCCGAAGGUGUGGUGAGCACCAGCUUGAUAGAACCAUUCACAAUCUCUCUGUGGAUGCGACACACACUGGGGUCCAAGGAGAAGGAGACCAUUCUCUGCAACUCUGACAAGACAGAAAUGAACCGCCACCAUUACUCGUUGUAUGUUCACAACUGUCACCUGGUAUUCCUGCUGCGUCAGGACCCUACUGAGACAGAAAGUCCCAAACCAGCAGAGUACCACUGGAAACUAGACCAGGUGUGUGACAAUGAGUGGCAUCACUACGUGCUAAAUAUCGACGUACCCUCUGUGGAGCUCUACGUGGAUGGAGUCACCUAUGACCCUUUCCUAGUGACCGAGGAUUACCCCCUGCAUACAUCAAACAUUGAAACGCAGCUCACAGUCGCUGCCUGCUGGCAAGACAAUUCAGGACAUGACACUGAGAAUGAGACAUUGUCUGACAAUUUGACAGGGGGUAUUUCUCGUAUGUCGGAUUACUUCAAAGGAUACUUGGCUGGCCUGAUGAUCCGUGCUGGUAAACUGGAAGAAAAGAGGGUCAUUGACUGCCUUUACACUUGCAAGGAAGGUCUGGAUUUGCAGCUACCAAAGGAAAUCGGCAGAUCCAUCAGAGCACAGUUUAACCCCAGCCAGUCUUCCCUGACCUUGAAGAGUGAUGGCACUGUGAACUUGAACGGGGCCAUGCAGCACAUCUCCUAUCUCAACUCACGGCAGUUUCCGACGCCUGGCAUACGGCAACUCCGUAUCUCCACCACCGUCAAAUGCAUCAGUGAGGACAGUUGUGUCUUCGUACCAGAUGCAGAGAUGUAUCUCAUGGUGCUACAGCCAGAGGAACCCAAGAUCAGCCUGAGUGGCAUUGACCACUUCGCACGCAGUGCUGCUGAGUUUGAAAGCGAUGAGGGUGUGACCUUAUUCCCAGAGUUGCGGAUUGUUAGCACCAUCACCCGUGAGGUGGACGUGGAGGUGGAGGCUGAAGGCACGGAUGACCCCACAGUGCAAGAGUCAAUGUUGUCAGAGGAGAUCAUGCACAACCUGGACAGGUGCGAGGUGACAGUGAUCGAUGAGGAGCUGGACAGCGAGCAUGAGAGCCUGGAGGUGGACAUGGGUCUGGUACACCAGUACAACCUCCAGAUUAGCUCCUCCACCCUAGGAAUGGUUAUCACAGGUGUCAACACAAUGGCCAGCUAUGAGCAGGUUUUACACCUGAUCCGCUACAAAAACUGGCACACUGAGGCUCUGUUUGAGAGGAAGUUUAAGCUGGUUUGUUCAGAGCUCAGCGCGAGAUAUGUGAGCAACCAUUUCAAAGUUGAGGUCAGUGUGAUUCAUACAGCCAAUCCUGCUGAGCAUGCCAAUGCCAUGGUUCAACCGCAGUUUAUAAGUCCAGUGCAGCAUGCAUCCAUGGACCUACCUGGUCACAACCUGGUCAAUGCCCACCAGGCAUCAGUGGUGCCCAGUGCUGCCACCAUUGUCAUUGUGGUGUGCGUCAGCUUCCUGGUGUUCAUGAUCAUUGUGGGUGUAUUCCGCAUCCGCUCUGCCCAUCAAAAUGCUAUGCGAGAUCAGGAGAAUUGUAAGGAGAAUGAAAUGGACUGGGAUGACUCAGCUCUCACCAUCACGGUCAACCCCAUGGAGACAUACGAGGACCAACACAGCAGCGAGGAAGACGAAGAGCAGGGUGACGAGGCAGAGGAUUGUGAGGAGGAAGAUGAGAUCACAAGUGUAGAGUCCGGAAGCAGUGAGGAUGAGGAGGGUGGCGAGCAAGAGGACCAGCAGGGUGCGAACCGACAGCAGCAGCUGGAAUGGGAUGAUUCCACGCUCACUUAUUAACACCAUACACAUGCAGCUACCACUUGACACGAUACAGAAAGAAAACAUCCAUCCAUUCAUGCAGACACGCACAUGCGCACACACAGACACGCACAAAUGCAGACACGCGCACACAAAACAGAUCCAAGGAGGUAAUUCACUUCCCUCUUACAGCUCCUUGAGUACAGAUCCAUAGUGUGGAGAGCCAUGCAAAGCAAAAUAAUAGCAUACUCGGUGUUACUUGUGGCCAGUCUUGCUACUUCAGCUGAGCCUUUAAUGACCAAGGUUACUGUCAUUGUACUAGUAGUGGCAUAAAUUAUAGUCCUAGGCUGUUAAUUUAUGUUUUAAUUGCUUUCAUUUUGUAUUCACUGUCAUUUUAGUGCAGGGUAGAAACUUCAAAUGGAAACAAGUGAUUGUCAUCCAUAAACAGCACAGUCGCUAAACAAAGCAGGCAUUUAGCUUUUUGAAUUCAUCCAUUCUGCUUGUGUUAUAUUGUGUAUGAAAAAGGAAAAGGGUUGACUUGAAACUGCAUUUUAGUUUUCUUUUUACUGCAUGAAAUUAAUGGCAAAGUCAAAACUGUAGAGAAAGAAGCAGCACUUACUAUUGUGUAAAUACAGUAAUUAAUGUGGUAGCAACAACAGAGGAACUUCUCUGAGGAACUAUGUAUGUUACAGAAUUAGACACUUCUUUCUGUCAGUCUCUUGUAAAAUGUGUGCACUGGGAAGAAUUGUAACAAAUUACUUAGGCCUCUGUGGUCUUGCAAAAGUACUCAAGUCUCUGCUGUAGUGCACCCUUGAGGUUUUUGGUUUAUUGUUCUUUAUGUGUUUUACUUAAAAUCUAGCAUUGCCUCAGUAAGGUCUACACAUUGAAUUUACCAUGCUUUAAACAUUGUCAAGACAGAAGUACAAGCACAGAAAGCUGAGCUGAUGUCAGAUAGCAAGUAGGUCCAAGUCUUAACAAGAUGGCCCAAGUUGUAGCUACCACGGUCGGAAUAGUUUUAAAUACAAGGGGACCAUUUCCGGUAACUAACACUAGAUUUUAUUGUACAUUGAAUUGUACUAUAGAGUUGUUUUGAUAUUUGUUUACAUUUGGUAAACUUUUUUUCCUUCUGAUUAUAGUAUAAAAAUUAUACAGUUAAUUGGGAAGAUGUUCUUUUUUCCUUUCAAUGUGUAUAUAUAUUAAUGGCUAUUAUUUUAGGGUCAUGAAGGUUCUCUUUGUCUCAUGUAAUGUCUAUGUAAUGCACAUAGAAUGAUGCGAGGAAGAGAAGUUGCUAACGCAUCCAAAAAGGUAUAUUUAUAUACUCAUCUAGCUUCUCUGUCCGCUAGAUGUUCUGAAAGGAUCUGAUUAAAAUCCUGCAGCCAUUUCAAGAUAAUUUCAAAUUGAGCGCCUACUAAUGAAGUCGCACAUUAGCUUUAGUGUUGAGUGUGGGUCAGCUCUCAUCUCCACUGUAACAGGAGGAAACGCAGGGAGGAUGAGGCCUGUUGACAUCGCUGGGAGUGCCUUUUGCCUGUCACAGCAAAUUCAUACAGCUUACGAAACGCUUACCUUUUGUGGAUUAGCCAUUCUACCCAUUAGCAUAAUUCCAUUUUUGGUUAACGUUGUUAACAUGCUGUAUUUGAUUCGUUCAAAAUCAGAAAGAAAUGUUUUAAUUUUCUUUAUUGCAGUUAUUUAAAAAGUGCUGGGUUUAUCAGAACAAAAUGUUCUUGUUGUCACUCCUACUUUAGGUGUUCUGUGUGAUUGUAAGAUAAUCAUGUCAUCUAUAGAUAUUGUACUUAGAUUAAAUAAUGUUUUUUGAAAUUGAUUAUUACAGGAUUUACAGUACAUUGCUAUAAUGUUGUAUGUUGCCAAUGUGGGUUAUAGAUUUACUAUUUUUUAUGGUGAUAGGUGAGUUUGAAGAGCCUUUAAAGGUCCAAAUUGCACCUCUCCACAUUGCGUUAUAAUACUUCAUUUUAGGAUUACAGCACGGUUCCAGGUGUGACCGGACUGAGCGGAUGGCUGCUGUAGUAUGAAACUGGACCCUGGACAAGGGAAAGCAGGAUGUAACCUCUAAAAUAUUGUUAAACAGUCAAUGAUAGAUGUACUUUGGUUUUCAUAGUAUAUUGUACACAUAUUUCACAUAUUGCAGUUGCACCAGUAAUUGUCUACUGUUUUAUUAUUGGUGUUAUCUUUUUCUAAAAGUGAAGGGCGUUGUUAUAAAGACUGUCGGAUGCAAGUGUUUGCUUCGUGAGGCAACCCCUCUUCUCUGAACACCAGUGACGAAUAGUGUGGUUGUCGUGAAGUUAAUGCUUGCUACUGAAAGAAAUAAAAUAUGAGGGAAAUGA